AUGAAAAUCGAGUUUCUUGAAAUCAAGACAUCUAUCUUCUGGGAGUGGCAACAGCUUACGCUCAAUGCUCAAUGCUCAUUUCCGCCUUUCUGGCGCUCAACCGCCCACGGUUUGGACUAUGCAGAAAUCGACCAGGAUCCCGCUCGAGAGUCAUUGUGGGUCAACUUUUGGAUUAAGGCAUGCUAUCGGCCUCGUCUUCCGGACAGUACAGUACCUGGUCAAAGCUUAACCUAUCUGGCCAAGCUGACAUCGUUGCAACCUGGUCGCCGAUGGUUACAAAUGGUGCAAAAUGGCUGUCAAUAG